AUGGUCCAACACACCGACGUCCUCAUCUGCGGCGCCGGCUCAGCCGGCCUCUGCGCCGCGACGUGGCUCGCGCGGUACGGCGUGCCCUUCAAACUGCUCGAGCGGCGCGGCGGCCCGCUGCAGACGGGCCAGGCCGACGGCGUGCAGUGCCGCACCGUCGAGGUCUUCGAGAGCUUCGGCAUCGCUGACGCCCUGCUGCGCGAGGCGUAUCACGUGCUGGAGGUGACGUUUUGGGCGCCGAGGGAGGACGAGGGAGAAGGGGGGAUUGUGCGGACGAGGAUCACGCCGGAUACGCAGCCUGGGUUGUCGCAUCUGCCGCAUGUGAUUUUGAAUCAGGCGCGGGUGAAUGGGUUGCUGAUUGGGGCGAUGAGGGGGUUUGGGGGCCCGGAGAUUGAGUAUGGGUGGGAGGUGAAGGGGGUCGAGGUCGAUGAGGAGGCGGCGGUGGUGGCGGAUCCGGAGGCGUAUGCGGUGAAGGUGGUGGCUGAGAUGGAUGGGGUGCGGGAGGAAUUUCGGGCGAAAUAUGCGCUGGCGUGCGACGGGGCGCACAGCGUGGUCCGCAAAUCGCUGGGUAUUCAAAUGGUCGGAGACAGCAGCGACACCAUCUGGGGAGUGAUGGACGUCUACCCGCAGACGAACUUUCCGGAUAUCCGCAAGAAAGCUAUAAUCCGCUCCAACGCUGGCAGCUUGAUUAUCAUCCCACGAGAAGGCGGAUCGCUUGUACGUUUCUACAUCGAAAUGCCACAGGGGGUUGCAGCAAAGGACAUCAAGCUUCCCGAUCUGCACGAAGCUGCUCGCCGCGUCUUUAAGCCUUACAGCAUGGAGUUCGCAGAUACUGCAUGGUGGUCUGCGUACGCCAUCGGCCAACGCUUGGCAGAUCGAUUCACCCAGUCCGGACGUGUAUUCUUGACCGGCGACGCGUGCCAUACGCACUCCCCAAAGGCUGGCCAAGGCAUGAAUGUCUCAUUACAAGACGGAUACAAUAUCGGUUGGAAACUGGGAUCGGCAUUGACUGGCCAAGCCCAUCACUCAAUCAUCAAUACUUACGUUACUGAGCGUCAGAAAGUUGCCGCUGAUCUCAUUGCAUUCGAUACGAGUUUUGCGCGGCUUUUCAAGACAGACGAUAGCGCACCCAAGCCUGAGUAUGUUAGUGAGCAGUUUGUCAAGGCUGGGCGGUACAUGGCAGGUUUGACGGCACGGUACGACGACUCCCUCAUCGUCGACAGCAAAAACAGUGCAGGCCCUCUAGUGGCCGACAGCAAUGUUACUCCGGGUAUGCGCUUUCCCAGCGCGCAGGUUGUGCGGUUCUGCGACGCAAAGCCUAUCCAGCUAGCUGAGGCCCUUGCUGCAGACUUCCUCGGAGGGCCCAAUGGACUAGUGGCGCGGCUCACGCCGCAAGGAGCCGACAUCGAUAGCUUUAUCGAGUCCAUCGCCGUCCUCUCGGGAAAACGUCAUGAGAUAGAACAGGAACAGAUUCCGGAUUACUUCCAGCCGGUCACUGGAAGAUGGAGAAUGAGAGACUUGCACAAAGUUUACUUUGACGACAAGGCCUAUAACAAUACACACGGCCAUGCAUAUGAAAAUCUUGGUAUUAGUCAGUCCCAAGGUGCUCUUAUCAUUAUGUUGCGGCAAUUCGCUCUCCGUCAGACCUACAGGCCCGACUCUUCGGAUGAUGACGACGCCUACGCUCGAAGAAGGCAGCUCGUUUUCGACACUCAUUUUUCGGGUUUCACGCCGCUGCAACAUACUGAAGAAGACGAUUGCCGGGUGGACCUGAUCGCUCUCUCGGGCCUUGGAGGGCACGCAUUUGGCUCGUUCAAAGAGAGGAACGGCAGCUUCAUGUGGCUUCGUGAUGCGCUCACGAUUGAUAUUCCUAUGGCGAGGAUGAUGAUCUACGGAUACGAUACGUCGCUAGUUCGGAGCAUUUCUUUCCAGAACUUGGCCAACUUAGGCCGGGCUCUACAAGCUGAUUUGAAGAUCAUCAGGAAUUCAAACCGAGGUCGUCCUAUAAUCUUCGUCGGCCACAGCCUGGGAGGCCUCGUACUCAAAGAGGCUAUAAUCAAGAUGAAAGAGGGAAACACUGACGAGGAUUGCGAGAUCCUUCAGUCCACUUCUGCAUUCCUUUUCUUUGGCGUUCCGCAUGAGGGUAUGGCUAUUGAGUCACUCGUACCUUUGGUUGGCGAUCAACCAAAUCGAGCCCUUCUUGAAUCACUCGGAAAAAAUUCCGAAGUCCUUCACCGUUUGCAAGACGACUUCAAGAGGGCUUUUGGUGCUGUUGGCCCCAAAAUCGUCUCCUACUUUGAGACUGAGAAGUCCCCCACAGCUCAAAAGGUGGUUAUCCACAUGCAUAUGACUGGCCUUCAAGAAUCUCGCUAA